GAAACUUGCGGCGAAGUACGAUUACAAUGCAGGAGACGAAGCGUUUGGAGUCGUAUCGAACGGUUAAAUUGAAAAUACCAUUUGGGGAAAAGAAUCUAGAUGCAAUCUACACAAUUCCAAAUGUUCCUCUAACAUAUGGAGUGAUCCUUACUCAUGGUGCAGGUGGAGACAUGAACUUUCAUCAACUGGUGUCCAUGACAGAAUUUCUUGCAUCUAAUGGGAUACUGUGCCUUAGGUUCACCUGCAAAGGCCUCAACUUAGACUAUAGAAUUACAGCUUACAGAGCAGUCAUGGAAUAUGUAAAGUCGUCAAAGGAAUAUAAAGUGCAAAGCUGGUUUCUUGGGGGUCGCUCCAUGGGAUGUAGAGUCGCUGCCCGUAUUGUUAAAGAGUAUAAUGACUCCCCAGAUGAAGAGUUUGUGCAAGGUCUCUUUUGUUUGUCUUUUCCACUACACCCUCCAAAGCAGCAGAGUAAACUUCGAACAGAGGACUUGCUUCUUGUGCGCCACCCAAUCCUUCUCAUUUCUGGAUCAGCAGAUGGAAUGUGUGAGAAAGAUUUACUGGAAUGCAUAUUGAAAAAGAUUCCACUGGUUGCCAGAGUACAUUGGGUAGAAGGAGCUAGCCAUGGAAUGGAAGUUAGAGGACGAGCAGCUGAAGACAUCAUGGCUGAGAUAAACACUGAGGUCCUUUUAUGGGUUAGGAAAAUCAUUGAAGAAAAAUCAAGUAGUUCUGAGUAUUUAUAGGUGAAACUUAGAUUAUAAUAUAGUUAUGGUUUUAAUCAACUUAUGAGAAACCCAAUCCAAAAUAUUGGACAGGUUUUAUUUUACCUUAAUGUUCAUUGUUACUGGAGGGAAAUGGGGCUUCUAAUGUGUCAACACAAACUUAAUUUUGUUCUAGUUUAUACCUCAAUGCAAUUGUAAAUAAAUGAAAAAUUCCAACUUUACCUGUCAAAUAUUGAUUCGUAGUGUUUGAACUCAACAUGCCAUUAAAGAAUUAAAAUGUCUGUGAUGUUAAACAGAAUCUUACAUUUUUUUUAUUGUUAGAAACUAAUCUGGACAUAUGUCAGGUGGCAUAAAAUGAAAGACCUGGUAGGUUAACUCGUUUUGCUCUUCAUAGGUGCUGCCUCUGUUGCUCAAAAUGUUCAAAGUUCACAGCAUUUUGCUUUCUCAAUGUCAAAUCAGCUGCUACAGUUGGAAAAAAAGAUCAAAUGACAGAAGGAAUAUAUAAUUCAUAUUAAAAUAGUUUUCUGUAGCUUAAUUCCAAAUAUAAAUUCAGAUGUGAUUAUGUAGAAUGUAAUUACCUAAGUUGAAUUUAGGAAGAACAAAUGUCUUGUCCUUGGAAAUAUCAGCUCUGGUACACUUGGAACCCUUUUUGAUAGUGUUAGGGAUUGUUCAGGAGUUAUGGAAAUAUGUGAGUAUAGCAGAUA